UGCUUAGGACCCAGGGGAAGCAGCUUCUCCUGCUUCAUUUCAAGGAGAUCCUCCCCUCCCUGCACAGGACUUCUCAGGUGUCCCUGCUCUGAGCUCUCUCCUCCUCCCUCACACCCGGCUUCCCUGGAGCUCCUGUGCAAGCCCAUGCCCAUCCUUUAAACCAUCCCCAGUCACCUGCCUCCCUGAUGAGCUCGCCAGGGGCCUGCUUGGCACCAUGAACGACCAGUACCACCGAGCCGCCCGGGACGGCUACCUGGACCUUCUAAAGGAGGCCACCAAGAAAGACCUCAACUCGCCCGACGAGGAUGGCAUGACCCCAACUCUCUGGGCCGCUUACCACGGCAAUCUGGACGCUCUGCGGCUGAUCGUUAGCAGGGGGGGUGAUCCAGACAAAUGCGACAUCUGGGGGAACACUCCUCUUCACUUAGCAGCAGCCAACGGCCAUCUGAAUUGCCUCUCAUUCUUGAUCUCUUUUGGGGCCAACAUCUGGUGCCUAGACAAUGACUACCAUACGCCACUAGACAUGGCUGCCAUGAAGGGGCACAUGGAGUGCGUGCGUUACCUGGACUCCAUCGCUGCCAAGCAGAGCAGCCUCAACCCCAAGUUGGUGAGCAAGCUGAAGGAUAAGGCCUUCCGAGAUGCGGAGAAGAGGAUCAAGGACUGCCUUAAGCUGCAGAAGAAGCACCAUGAGCGGAUGGAGAAGAGAUACAAGAAGGAGAUGUCUGACAACUCGGACACCAUGAGCUUCUCCAGCUAUUCGAGCAGUACCCUCAGCAGAAAGUUCCAGCACAUGUCCAUGAUGACGUCCCUGCCAUACUCCCAAGCCACCAUCCAUGGCACAACCAAGGGGAAGACCAAAAUUCAGAAGAAGCUGGAGAAGAAGAAGCAGGUGGACGGGACGUUUAAGAUCUAUGAGGACGGGAGAAAGAGUGUGAGGUCCUUGUCAGGCCUGCAGCUGGGAAACGAUGUCAUGUUUGUGAAGCAAGGCACCUAUGCCAGUCCGAAGGAGUGGACCAGGCGCAAUAUCCGAGACAUGUUUCUGUCGGAUGAAGACACUGUCUCCCGUGCCAUAAGCGACCCAGGUUUGCACAUGGACUCGGCCCACUCUGAGGUCAGCACUGAUUCUGGCCAUGACUCCUUGUUCAACCGGCCGGGGCUUGGCACUAUGGUGUUCAGGAGGAACUAUGUCAGUGGUGGGCUCUUUGGGAUUGGCCGGGAGGAGACUGGCAUGUUGGGUGAGGGCAAUGGGGAUGGGGUAGGUGUCAAACUGAGGAGCCGCCUGCAGCGCUCGCCAAGUCUCAAUGACAGUAUCGGCAGUGCCAACAGCCUGCAGGAGAGGAACGAGGAAGAGCUGCCCUGGGACGAUGUGUCACUGGGCCUGGAUGACGACGAACCUGAUACCAGUCCCCUGGAGACCUUCCUGGCUUCCCUGCACAUGUCUGAGUUCAUCUCCAUCCUGAAGAAGGAGAAGAUCGACCUGGAUGCCCUCAUGCUGUGCUCAGAACAUGACCUGAAGAGCAUCAACAUCCCAAUGGGACCCAGGAAAAAGAUCAUAGAUGCUGUCCAUAGGAGGAGGCAGACACUGGAGAUGCCAGAUGUCAUUGAAGACACGGAUUUAUAGCAGUUUUUAUGAGCAA